AUGAUGUCGACCAAGUUAAUUGAAGGCAAAUCAUAUGAAUUCAACGGUUUAUCUAUUCGUACUGUUGAUCCUGCUUAUAAAAAAUUACCACAUGAUUACCAAUUGAUUACAACUAAAACCAGUAAAGUACGAGAAAUUAUUGUUCCGUUCGAGUACCAAUUAAUCUAUAAUUUUACACAUUUGCGUCAUCUUGAAACACUACCAUUACAUUCAAUAAUUGGUUCGUAUUCAUUAAUGAAAAUUAAUUUUAAAAAAUUGAUAAUUAAUAUAAUGAAUCAUUUAAAACAUGUCAAAAUUGAUUGGUUUAAUGGUUCACGUACACUCAUUUCUAUGCCAAAUACACGUGUAACUGUUGUUUGA